AAGAAAACAGUGAGCGGAGACGGGGACCCAGACGCGGGGUUUGCAAAAAAGAAAAUCGCGAAGACAAGCAGCAGUGCAGUUGUUUAUCGCUCGCACUUCAAACCUCUGUUCAAGGAAAAAUAUCUGCCAAAGACCACAUCCUCAAACGCAGAACGGGCGCGCAAAUCGGAUCAGAAACAGGACGAUGCGCGGCCCGGUGUUGACAGCGGCACACGCGGAAUAUCAAAUACCGGGGCGAGCAGCAGUGCGGGUCGGAAGCAGCUACUGAAUGAGAAAGCAAGCACCGGGCAAAACAAUGCAGGAAGUAGCAAACGGCCUCAGUCCGAUCCGCUGCACGAGGACGACACUCUGGAUGCGCGUGCGCUUUACGGGAUUAAGGUACAGAUCGAGAACUUGGCGCGUUACCACCGGAAGCUCUUUCUGCUUCCGCGAGUCGUCGCGGCAGAAGGUGCAGGUGGACAGGCAGGACCAGCCGCUUCGUCCUUCGACCCUCAGGAAGCGAUGCCCGCUGUAUCCGCCCCUACCCCGGAGGAGCAAGUGUGGCCCGAGUUUGUGGGCACGCCCGUGCGGUGUCCGCAGUCGUUUCGAUCGGGCGUGAUCUGCAAGGUCUUGGUGCGGAAAAUACCAAACGCUACUGGUACAGCUGCGGCGGGGAGCGCGAGUGCUGCAGCUGGCGCGACGUCAUCCUCGUCUCUACUGCCCCCC